GCGCGUCUUUCGUCCGUGACGUCACCCCCGUUGACAUCGUUCAAAACGAUGGCCAUGCUGCGCACAUCCACGCAUCGCCUCAAAGGACUGCGCGAUGCCCAGAUCUUACAAACCUGCGCGCGCGGAUACCACAAGAACGUCGUGGACCACUUCGAGAACCCUCGCAACAUGGGCUCCUUCGACAAAGAUUCGGCGAACGUGGGAACCGGCUUGGUGGGCGCCCCCGCGUGCGGCGACGUGAUGAAACUGCAGAUCAGGGUCGACGACGACGGUAACAUCGUGGACUCGUGCUUCAAAACGUUCGGAUGCGGCUCCGCGAUCGCGAGUUCAAGCGUCGUGACCGAGUGGGUCAAGGGGCAACACGUGGACCAAGCGGUGAACAUCAAAAACGAUGAAAUCGCAAAACACCUGAAUCUGCCCCCAGUCAAGCUGCACUGCUCGAUGCUCGCGGAGGAUGCCAUACGCGCCGCGGUGAAAGAUUUGAAGCAGAAACAGCAGAAACAAUAAGGAGGGCGCCGCCCAGGACUCAACCGUGUGUACACUUAUCACCAAUUUGUAAUACCAAUUUGUAAUACGUCCUCAGCUCGCGGGCGCUGGGCUACUCU